UGAAACAGUGAUAUGGAACUUGCUCAGUCAAUUUGAUAUAAACUACUCAAAAGCGCAAGCCAGGAGGGAGUCAGCACAGGCAUAUUGAUGAGUGGUUGACAGGUUGAGUUGUUUGUGCUGUGAAGCUGCCACACCUGCUCCCACUCGCGUCAGCGGACCUGCACACCGACACAACGGCACCGCGUGGAGUCUCACAGCUGCGUGCACUGUGUCAAACCCAAAUAGUUCGUGAGGACCGGGGCACGGACCCAAUACCAAGCCAGCCGCGCAUUUAAACUCACCCGGGGGGGAGUUUGCCUGUAUGAACAGUGCACACCAAGGCUUGGAAGGAGAAUGCUACUGAAAAUUCACAAGACCCUCCGACCCUUGGAAUAUUAAAGAGGGUCAUUAAAGCAUCCGUCCUUUUUGAAAUGGGAAAACCCGCACGCUAGAGAAUAUACACUUCUUCUCGACCUAUUCAUUCAAUUGUUGGCAGUGCCUAGAAUUUACUCACUGUGGUGUCCCAAGCCAUAGUCGUUCCCAGCUACCAGACUACAGUACUAAUAAAAACACUGAAGGAACUUGGAUCUGUAGAUGCAUGGACAUUUAUCAGAGUGGUCGCUAUAGAUAAGUCUUAACAUUAUCUACACACCAUACUAUAAUCACUAGAGCAAGACCAUUUUUAAUUUUAUUACCAUUUGUGGUCUGAGACUGGCCCCCUGACGUAGCUUUCUAUCAACAGCAGCUGGCCAGACAAGCACCCAAGAGAGGGGCAGUGAAACUAGAAAACGAGCACCUUCCAGCCUGAGCUUCACCGAAGGAAGAGUUCCUGCUCAGAAUGAAGGCUCCUGAGAUGAACAUCACCCCAGAGGUGCUGGAGUUCUGGCUGCAGGAGUCAAACCUCUCCCGGCAGCAGUUCAUCAAGAAGUUUGGGCUGCAGCCGCUGGUGUUCGUUCCCCGGCUGCCCGCUGCCCUGCAGCCUGUGCUCGGAGUCCUGUACGGGUUGAUUUUCGUGUUGGCGCUGGCUGGCAACGUGACUGUCCUGAUGCUGCUGUGCCGUGAGAAGGCCCUCAAGUCCAACAGCGCGUUUUUCGUGUGCUCCCUGGCGCUCAGCGACCUGCUCAUCUCGCUCUUCUGCAUCCCCGCCACCCUGCUGCAACACUUCUCCACCAACUGGCUGGCCGGGCAGUUCCUGUGUAAGCUGGUUCCGUUUGCCCAGGUGACGGCUGUGUCCACGAGCAUCUUCACCAUGAUGUGUAUCGCGGGCGAGCGUUUCCAGGGGAUCCUGUACCCCUUGCAGCAGCGCAGCGGCUACUCCCCGAGCAGGGAUGCCAAGAUCCUGGCUGUUGUGUGGUUGGCUGCGUUGGCUAUUGCGUCCCCCAUGUGGUACGCACACAAAGUGGAGGUGAAGUACGACUUCCUGUUUGACGUGCACUACACCUGCUGUCAGGAAGUGUGGCCCCGCCCCCAGCAGCGACAGGCCUACACCACCGCCCUAUUGGUGCUGGUGUUCCUGGUUCCCAUGGCGACCAUGGGCGUGCUGUACGGGAAGAUCAUCUCCGAGCUCUGGGGUAAACACCGCGUCCGUGAUGUCAUGUUCCAGACCCUGCCGUGCUCGGAGAUCAACAAGAUCACCAGGAAGAAGAGGCGCGCGGUGAAGAUGAUGGUCAUGGUGGUGCUGCUCUUUGCUUUCUGCUGGACUCCCUUUCACCUGGUGUCGAUCCUCACAGACUACGGAAAGCUGUGGCUGCCCCCAGAACAGGAGCUCCUCCUCUUCACAGCGGUGCAGCUCCUGGGGUUCAGCAACUCAGUCUGCAACCCGGUGGUGUACGCGGCCCUCAACGACAACUUCAAGAAGCGGGUGCUGUGCCUGCUGCUGCAGCGAGGGGCCGAGGGGCGGCAGGAGGGCAGGCUGGGCGGCCCGGGCGCCCGCGUGGGCAUCUCCACAGUGGAGUCGCCACGUUUGGGGGAACGCACGGAGCGGAGCGUGCUGGGAGCAGGCCGCCUCUCCAGUCGCACUGCCUGGGAGCCACAGACCUCCACCUCCUUUCCCCCCGUCCACCUCUUCAGAGCCACUCCCAAGCAGCACAGCGCGACCCUAAUGCUGAGCGUCACCGACCCGCUCACCCUGCCUGCAGCAGCGCCUUGAACACCACCAGGGGGAGCUGCAUGCAAAGCCGUUUCAAAUAAUAACCCAAACGUUUUGCAUU